AUGAAUAUAACGGAAAAACCGACAGCGUUCUUCGUGUGCAAGUUUUUGUUCUUUUACUACAUUUAUAGAAAGCCGUCCAUUCCGUUUGACUCAUUGGUGUGCAAAAUAAACAAUAGAAAGAUUCCCCAUACGUGUGUCAUUCAAAUAUUAGGUCUAAGUUAUUACGGGCAGAGCGUUUGCCUGUACGUGCACGACUUCUUCCCAUUCUUUUACGUUUUAAUACCCCCGGAAGAAAAAUCAAUAAAAUAUACACAUGUAAGCGUCCCUGUGAACACAUCCCUGUGUGAUGAAAUCUCCUUUACCCUGUCAGACAAAAAUCUGGAGCUCCAACUAUGCCAAUUUUUAGAAGAACAAUAUGGCAAGGCAAAACAGGACAAGACGCAAAAUGUGUAUAUAUACAACAUCGAAAGGGUAAAAAAAAAAUGCAUUUAUGGUUACAAGGAAGAGCCAGAAGAGUUUUUAAAAAUAUACUUCCUAUACCCCCACACAAUUGUCUAUUUCGCCAGUUUACUCAAAAAGAAGUUAUUUAAAAAUCGAAUUUGGGAACUCUACGAGGUGCACAUCAGCUACAUGCUCCACUUUCUGUGCAGCAAAAAUAUUUAUGGCUGUUCAGAAAUUUAUGUUGAUAAAAAUAUUUUUUUUCGAAGAGAGUUUUUCAGCGAGAUAAAUUUUGAAUGCUUUAAGAAAGAAGAAAAAUGGAAUGUGAAAAAUAAAUGCGACAUGGAAUGUAUACAGAGGAACAAAUACUUAGAUGUGAAUGCUCCAAUAUUUUUUACAGACAAGACGACAAAUGUUAAUUUUUCCAGUUUAAGAAGAGGAACCUCGUACGACAUCGAGUGUGACAUACGACAUGAACAUAUUUUGAAUCACCGAAUUUAUUCCUAUGAAUUUGAAAAAUAUCGGAAAAAAUGGAAGGACGAAUUGAACUUUGAUUUACCUAUCAAUUAUUUGGACUCCUUUGCGAAACUAUGGAUGAAGGAGAAGAAAAGGUGCCAAAGGGUGAACCCCCAUUUGGUGAAGGACAUUUUUAAUUUUGACCAUUUUGAAAAGGAGCUGAACCUUGGCUCGUUUGAUGUGCUGACCGACAGGACGAAGAAACUCUUUGCCGAUUUUUUAAAGUCGCUGGGGGGGAGCGACCCGGUGAACGGGGUUAACGGCGAGGAGAAACAGGUUAAAAGCCAGGCUAAAUCGGCUUGCGAAGAGGAGAGACAGGUUAGCAGCCAGAAUAAAUCGGCUUGCGGCGAUCCAAAGGGAGCAGAAAAACGCAACUGGUAUCCACAUAGGGAAAACCCCCCCAGUAAAGAAGCAACCAAAAUGACGCAGGAAAAGAAGCUUGACGAGGUGAGGCGAAAACACAUAGCUUCAUUCGAAAUUAACAAUAAGAGCAAAGACGUCAUUAGGUAUGUUUAUACGAAGAAGCCACCGAAGAUAAGGGAGUGCUACGCGAUUUUGAACAAUCUGAAUGGCACAGAAAGGAGGGGGGAAUCUGAAGAUGGCAAGAAAGAGGGUGCAGUAAUAAUUAACCAGACAAACCCGAAAGGUGUAAGAAAAAAUUGCCAAAAGGGAACAGUCCAGGAGAAUCACCCCCUCACCGCAUCAAACGGGAAGACGCACCAAAAGGAGGAAAAGAAAAAAAAAAUGAACAUCAAGUACGGAAAUAUACUCUUCCUUGAGAUUCUCACAGAAGUGAAAGGCGAAAAUCACAACUCUUCCAACUAUAGGGAGGACGAAAUAAAGGCCAUAUUUUAUCUGGUCAGAGAUGAGAGACUUAUGAAUUACUACGAAGAGUAUAGUAACUGUAUGGGUGUAAUAGCUAGCCAGCCAUUCCCUGAUAUUUUCCCCUACUUGUUGAGCAAGCAGGUAGAAACAAGGCCAAAAGGGAAACUCCUCCCAGCGGUUGAAAUGUGCAGCGAUGGUGCGUAUAUUCAUAGGGACCUGUUUGAGGCGCAACCUGGAGGGGAAGCCCCCUGUGGAGGGGAGAACACGGAAGGGAAGAAAGAUGCCCAACAACAACAGGAGGAAGAAAAAAAAAGGGGACUUCAUUUCGACGUAAACUACCAUAGUGUCAACAUCCACAUUGCGCAAAAUGAAAGAGAUCUUAUAAAAAAGUUUAUCGAUAAAAUUAAUUUUUACUCUCCACUAAGUAUAGUUUCGUAUGAAAACGACAAGUACAAUGUUAGCUACAUAAAUCAGAGGUGUCUGGCACUAGACAUGGGUAGUUUUUACACACACAUUAGCAAUCUAAAUGAUCAGAGAGAAUUCACAGAGCUCAAUAAUAUGUAUAAUAAAAAUAUAAAAGGUAGACUUAUCGAGAGCUUGUAUAAAUUGUCAAGCGCUUCAAACACAUCUUUUGAAAAUUUGUGCAAGCAUUAUUUGAAUGUGAAUGUGCCCUCCAUAAGUAAGUACACUUUGUACUGCUGGUACAGCUACGAAGGCAGGGAAUCACGAAAUGAUGGCAGAGGUGCUGGGGAGAGUGGUCGUGGAGGCGGUCUUGUGACCAACGGUGUGAUCGGUGGAGAGCCCCCUUUUUACCCAUACAGGCACCUAACCGUGCGGUACCAUCUGAAGAAGAUUAUCUUGCUCGUACUUAUAUAUGACAAAAUUGGGUACUUGAAAAGGAAGAUGAAUUUUUGCAAGUACAUUCACGUAGAUUUUUUGUCGCUAAUAAACAGAGGAGCACAAUUUAUCGUCGAGUCCUUUCUCUUGAAAAUGUCCAUGCGGCAUGGCUUCCUUUUGUACUCUCCCUCAAACAAGGAGAUAAUGGAGCAAAGACCUAUUUUGCAAAUCCCUUUGGUGCUGCAGCCGAAGAGCUCCAUAAACUUUUUUCCCCUGUUGGUGUUCGAUUUCCAAUCCCUUUACCCCUCCAUUGUAAUUGCGUUUAACAUUUGUUACUCCACCUGCUUGGGAACGCUGUCCUUCAAGAGAAGGUCCGAUGCGCAAACCUCCGAAGAGCAUCAGCAGGCGCGGCAGAAGCGGGUAGAGGUUUCCUUGAGGAGGAGAUUCUCCGCGGACAGUGUCCUGGAAAAGAGCGAGUCGCCCCGCUCCAGUGGUGUCAGCUCGUCCGGCGACUCUCUUGAUGGCUUGGAUGUCCAGAGGGUGGACGAGUUGACUGACCCUUUGGAUAACUGGAAUGGGGCGUCUAGCCACGUGGGAGAUAACACAGACGAUGGAUCAAUCGAAGGGGGUGGCGAAUGCUUCCAAGAAGUGUCCCCCAAGUGUGAGCCUUCUUUGAAGGAAUCAUGGAGCACCUCUAAUGGAGGGCCCGAACCCGGGGACGUUAUUCCCCCUUCGGACUGCCCUGAGUCAAGCCCCCCAAGUGACGAGAAAAUUCCUGUGCGAAGAGAAAACCUCCCCAAUUGUGAAUUCAUAAGACUAGGAGUAUGGAAGAACCCACCCAAUGUAAAUAAGUUGGUGAAAAAGUUAAGAGGGGAUGAUGUGCUCAUAACAAGCAACAACACUGUAUACGUGAAGAAGAAGAAGAGGAAAGGAAUCUUCACUCUUUUCAUGGAAGACAUAUUAAAGACAAGAAUAAUGCUGAGGAGGUGUAUUCAAAUUCAUGAUCAGAAAACAGGAAAAAGGUUAUUAGAAAGAAUGGGGAAAUUAAAAAAGAUAUUAAACGAAGGAACAGGUUAUAUAGGAGCUAACUUCUCAGGGAGGAUGCCAUGUGUGGACGUAUCAGAGAGUAUCAUUUGUACUGCAAAGAAUUUCCUUCUUUACGUCAUAGAAUAUAUAAAGGAAAAUUAUCAGUAUGUUAAAGUUCUCUAUGGAGACACAGAUUCUUUAUUUUUGUUAAACGAAAUGAACGACAUUAGCUACACUUUUAGGAUAGCUCACGACAUUUUGAAAGACGUGAAUGGCAUUUUGCCUUCUCCCAUGUAUUUAAAUUUUGAAAAAAUUUAUUGCCCCUCCCUUCUGAUGACUAAAAAGAGGUACUUCGGAUUUGCUUACGAAAAGGAGAGUGAUGAGAAGCCUACCCUGCAGCUCAAAGGGGUGGAGAGCAUAAGAUCAGAUCAGUGCAAUUUAGUGAAGAAUGUGCUUCUGCAGAUAUAUUUUAUGUUUUACUAUUUCAGAAAUUGUUGCCACUUGUCCUAUUGCUGCUGCUGUUGUGCCAUGUGUAGGAACUUUUUCCCCAAUUUUGUGUGCUACUGUAAGGAGUUGAACGUGCAUAGGACGUCGCCAUGCUUCUUGGCGGAGAUGGUGGAGGCGAUUCUGCGCGUCUAUGAAAAGGUAGCGAGUGGGGAGAAGAAAGCGAACGGGGUGAAGGAAGCAAGUGGGGUGAAGGAGGCACGUCGGGAGAUGGAAUCGAACGGGGAGAAGGAAGCGAAUGGGGGGGAAUCUCAGACCGAGGAGCGCAAAACUAAGUUAUACGACCAUCUCAUAGGACUAAUAAACAGCGAGAGGAAUAAUAUCAUCCUCAAAGUCAUAAAUUACUUAUACAAAGCGAAGUUCGCCUUUCUGUGGCACAUAUUUACCCACUUCCACGUGUCCCUUUUUAAGAAGAAAAUAGAAAAAAUUAUCGAACAGGAUUAUGAAAAGAUUAUUAACCAGACAAAUGACUGCUGUGUUAUGAACCCAAACAAUAUAACAAAAAUUUGUCUUUGUGUGAGAGAAAUAAAUGCAAAGAAGAAAUGCGAUAUGGAAAAAUGCUUCUGUAAUGUUAAGCAAGCUCUCUUGUUCUUCUCUCCCAAUGGAGUUGGCCAAAGUGAGACGGGCGCUGUCUUUGGCAUGAAAGUAUUCUACUCCCACCUGACGAUAAACAUAAAGAGAGUGCUAUGUGAUUUAUUUAAUAGAAUAUAUGAGCAUAAAAUUUCGUAUGGGAAUUUUAUUAUAUACAAGCAAGUGAGAUUGGGGACGUACAAGGGAGAAUUGGAGGGGAACAAAAGGAAAGUGCCCUUGCCGCCUCAAGCAAUUGUGGCGAAGAAGCUUUUAAAAAUGAAUCCCCACUUGGUCAUCAGUUAUAAGGAGAAUAUUCCUUUUGUGGUAGCGAAAAAGUUGAAGGAUGAUAAUAUUUACGACUCCGUUGCGCAUCCUUCCUGCAUCAGGGGUAUUUACAAUUGUAUUAGGGGUGUUCCCACAGUGGACAGGAAAACCGGGAAACGGAACCUUCGAGAGGGUUUAUCCCCUCCCUCGAAGGGAAACCAACUCGUGCGUAGCGAGAUCCCCCAAAAUAAUCAAACGAAACUGAAGGAAAUAGACUUUGACUAUUAUAUUCAGCACUUAGUUAUUCCCCCGUUGAAGAGAAUGCUGGAUUUGCUCCCCUACGGCUCGCCCAAUCUGGAGGAGAUUUUUUACACAACGAGGAGGAAGUACAGCUGGGGAAAGGCCAAGAUUGAACUGUUCACGAGGAAUGCGGAACAGCUUGACAGAAAUCGGUUAAAAGGAAAUGAUCUGUUCAGGGUGGGAGGGGACAUAUCGUUGGGGUGGAAAAGGGUCGAAAACAGAAGGAGGCAUGGUGAGCCGCUCCUCCCCCGCGAACCUCACCUUCAGAACAUAACAAACUGUAAAGUAAAAACGGGCGACGUAAAAGACGCCAAGGCAAGAGCACAAAUAAUUCAAAGUUAUGCGGACGUGAAAAGGUCAGAGAAUAUGGUCAAGCGCUUGAACAAAAUAUGUGCUCAUUGUGCAAACUCCCAAGUGGAGGCGUCGGCGUGCCAAUACGCGGUGCACUGUGAUGUGUUUUUUAAAAAAGUCAUUCUGCAAGAGCGCAUUUCAGAGGGGAAGGAUGCGAUAAGGGGGUUGAUGAGGGAGAGUUUCCCCUGGGGGGGGUGA